CUACUCAGUCACACUCCCCUCACUCCCACUUCACUCCACCCCUCGCGCUCCCACUUCAAAAACCUCGCGCCUCCCCCCAUCUUUCGACGACGAGUCGUUCAAACUCCAAACUCCAACCCAAAAACACCGCCCGCGCCUAGCUAGCUAUAUGUGUUUGCGUACGUGCGAAACCAGGUGAGAUUACGUGCGUUUCGCUGUGAUUUCACGUACGCCGGCUGCGUCUCGCGCGCGCGCGCGAUCGAUCGCCGUAUGGAGAGCUACGGGAGGAAGCGGGCGUGGAAGAAGGGGCCGACGAGGGGGAAGGGCGGGCCGCAGAACGCGGCGUGCGAGUACCGCGGCGUGCGGCAGCGGACGUGGGGGAAGUGGGUAGCCGAGAUCCGCGAGCCCAACAAGCGGACGCGCCUCUGGCUCGGCUCCUUCGCCACCGCCGAGGAGGCGGCGCUCGCCUACGACGAGGCCGCGCGGAGGCUCUACGGCCCCGACGCCUUCCUCAACCUGCCCCACCUCCGCGCCGCCUCCGCCGCCGCCGCGCACCAGCGCCUCAGGUGGCUCCCGGCCUCCGCCGCCGCCGCCGCCGCAAGGGGGGGCGCCGCCGCCGUCCCCGCCUACGGCCUCCUCAACCUCAACGCGCAGCACAACGUCCACGUCAUACACCAGAGGCUGCAGGAGCUCAAGAACUCGUCGUCGUCGCCGACCAAGCCGCCGCCGCGUACGCCGACGCGCGCCAACCCGCCUCCGCCGCCUCUCCCCACCUCGUCGCCCUGCUCCACCGUCACCAACAGCGUCGGCUCCGCGGCUCUGCCUCCGCCCAUGUCGUGCUUCCAGGCGCUGGAGCAAGCGAUGGCGGCCACGGCGGCGAUGGAGAGCGCGCCGUGCGACGACGACGCCGCCGUCGUGGGCUUCGGCGCCGACAAGCCCCAGCUCGACCUCAAGGAGUUCUUGCAGCAGAUAGGCGUGCUCAAGGCCGACGACGACGGCGCGACAGGCAAGAACGGCGCCGUCCACGGGGACGACGGCGAGCUGGCGGACGCGUUUGGCUUCGGCGGCAGCGGCGAGUUCGACUGGGACGCGCUGGCUGCCGACAUGAGCGACAUCGCAGGAGGCCACGGCGGCGCGCUGGGCGCCAAUGGCGGGUUCCAGAUGGACGAUCUGCAUGAGGUCGAACAGUUUGGCGGGUGCAUGCCCAUCCCUAUUUGGGACAUUUGAAAUCUCAUCGGUAGUCAUGCACAAGCUUUGAGCAAAUUUCUAGCCUAUCUGCAUGCAGAUGGGUCAUUUCAGUGAUGCAAAAGCUUUAAUUCUUCCAAGUUCAUGUAGUCUGAUCAUCUGAUGGGUAACGAGUUUUUUGUUUAAGAAUGAUGGGUAAUGAAUCUGCAUGCGUUUCAUGAAUCUGCAACAAAGUCUUGAUCUGUUAAGUGCAAAAAACUAUUCUAGAAGUAGGGGAGAUCAGAGCUUGUUUUUGCAUACCAUUUAAAACCUUGUUUGGAUUAAGAAAAAACAAAACGCAGAAAUAUAGAUAUAGAACAAUAAACAUAGAAAUGCACGUGUAAAAUAGAAGAAUUUUUAAAAAAAACAUGUAUAGGUGUUUGGAACGCAUGAAUUUUAUGAAAUAAGACUCUUGUUGCUUAACUAACAAGGUAAUAAAUUCCCUUUUUAUGGUUAAAAAUCACCUCAUUGUUGCUCACUUCACAGGGAAAGUUUCCCUUAGCUUUGGCCUUAUUUUUCCCUUGAUUUCGACUGAAGGAGUAAAGAAUAGAGAAACUCAGGAAAAGUUUCCGAAAGAAUUUUUAUGCCAUUCAUAUAUUCCGAACACCACGGUAGGAAAGAAAAAAAAACUAUAGUUUUCAAUUCUUUGAUUUGAAAAUCCUCCAUCCAAAACAGGCCCUAAAAGGUCGUUAAAAAUUUGACAAAAAAUCCACCUCCUAGAAGUAUCAUAUUGCGUGGGGUCGCUUAUCUCGAACACAGUCUAUGUGGGCUGUGGUUACCAUAUCACAAUCAUGAAACGCAAGGCCCUAAAAUAACUCUUCUCAAGACGGAAUCAACACACAGUUCGUAGAAAAGAUGUGAUGCAAUAUUUGUCAGGCUUCCAAGCAAGAAAUUUUUCGUGAUUAUUAGCGCAGAAUAUAGGGGGUCUAUAGCACCAAACAAGUAAAGUCAAAAGAUAAAUACUAUAAAGCAACCCAAAAUUAUUGCAUCAUUGUUGACGUCUUGGAAGAUUCU